CUGCCUUCCUUCCCUCCUACUUCCUCCCUCAACCCCAUGUGCCGCUGGAGGGGAGGCAUGUGUGAGUGAGAGAGUGUGUGUGUGUUAAUGAAAGGUAUUGAGAGGGGAUCACGGGGGAGUUCAGGGUGUUUGGGAGCAGAGAGAAGGAUGAUGGCUUGACCUUUUGGAAAGCAUCUCAACCUUUAAAAACCUGGAGAACAUGGAAGCCAAAAAGGUCCUCCAUUUUGUGCCAUCUGAGGCUCCAUCCAACCGGGGAUCCAAGAAUGGAUAUGUUUUCCAAGAGAUGGAGCUGCAGGACGGGGAACAGGAGGAUUGUGGGCAAGAUUCACCCGCCGCUCACAGGGAACACAACUAUGACAAACAGAUCCAGACCGGCGUUUCAGAUGCUGAAUGUCCUGGGUUUGGGCUUUUGAACACAACAAGAAAAUAUGUGAAGCCAAUGAACUUCCAGGAGGAAGUGCGCGCCCACAGAGACCUGGACAGCUUCCUGGCCCAGGCGAGCAUCCUUUUGGAUGAGCGAGCUGCCACUCUGGAUGAGGUCCUGAGGCGAAUGCUGACUCAGGUGGAGGACAGCGACGGGAGCUGCGAUGCGGACGAGGUCAUGAACUCGUUGUUCACGGACGCGGGAGGAAAAGAGUUUACCGUUCACCUCCUGUCAGAGACCAUUCAGGGCGUGACCGCGACUUCCACUGGCGUUCAUUACCAGCAGUCCUGGCUUUGUAUUCUCUCCAAUGUGAGGAACCUGCAGAGACGUCAUGUCUGCAUCGCCCGCCUGGAGAGGCCACAGAACUGGGGGGUCAACUGCUGCGAGGCCCGAUACGUCAUCCUCAUCCUGGCCCCUCCUCGAACGAAAAGCACCAAGACGGCCGUUGAGCUCGGAAGAACAUUUGCCACGAUGUUCUCGGACAUUUCCUUCAGGCAGAAGCUUCUGGAGGCCAAAACCCAGGAGGAGUUUAAGCAGGAGCUGGUCAACCAGCGACAGCGGCUCUCUGUGGUCACUGAGAAGUCGGUCGUGGAGGAAGUGGAGGACUCGGAUCCACGCAGAGGGAAAUCACUUCAGUGCAAAGAUUUCUUUAAGGCCGGUAAAGGUGUUUACGACGACCUCCGUCGAAGACUCCCCCUCUACCCCUCAGACUUCACAGACGGUAUGACUGGGAAGGACCGCUGUCUGCUGAAGUACACGACCACGGCUAUCUUCCUCUACAUUGCUAUUCUACUGCCUGCUAUCGCCUUCGGCUCGCUGAACGACGAGAGCACGAGAGGACAGAUCGAUGUUCAGAAGACCAUCGUUGGCCAGAGCAUCGGAGGAGUGAUCUACUCUUUGUUCGCUGGCUCGCCGCUCGUCAUUCCACUGACCACCGCGCCACUGGCCAUCUUCAUAAGCGUCAUCAGGGGAAUCUGCGACGACUACAAUCUGGACUUCAACGCUUUCUACGCCUGCAUCGGCUUAUGGAACAGUCUGUUCCUCAUCCUCGGAGGCUUGUUCAACGUCAGCCUGUUUAUGAAACUCUUCAAACGCUCAACCGAAGAAGUCAUCGCAUUGUUCAUCUCUAUAGCGUUUGUCGGGGAUGCGGUGAAAGGCACCGUCAAAAUUUUUCAUCACUUCUACCACGGGCCCACUCUGGCCACAAACGCCACAGUGGUGCUUCAGCAGCUUAACGAGCUUCUCGAGCAGGUGAAGAACCAGACGAUGGAGCAUAGUAAUGAGACGGUGCCCAUCUUCCUGCCCGAGUCUCUGGUGGUGACAACAAGAGAAAGGCCGGUCCUCUGUCUGCUGCUCAUGUUGGGGACUUUGUGGCUGGGUUACUCCCUCUACCUCAUCAAGAGGAGCCCGUAUCUGAAUGGCAAAAUCAGGGAGGUGGUGUCUGACUGUGCUUUGCCGAUCUCUGUGGUGGUAUGCUCCUUCAUUGGCUCCUACCUUUUCCUUGACAUACAGCUUCCUAUGUUCAGUGUCCACGGUGGCCCCAUCUUCAAGUUCCCUCAAUUUGAUAAGCUGUCAGGAAUGAACAUGCUGAGCGCGGCUGGUCUGGGUUUCCUCCUCGCUUUGCUCAUCUUCAUUGACCAGAACAUCGUCAUCUCACUCACACACGUACCAGAACACAAGUUGCUAAAAGGCACGGCGUUCCACUGGGACUUAAUGCUGACUGGGUUCAUCAACAUCCUCAUGUCCUGUCUGGGGUUGCCAUGGAUGCACGCUGCCUUCCCACAUUCCUCCCUUCACGCCCGUCAGCUGGCCAAAGUGGAACAGCACGUAGAGAACGGACACCUCUACACGACUAUUGUCAGUGUGAAGGAGACUCGUCUGACCUCGCUCGUAGCCAACAUCCUGAUCGGCCUGUCGGCGUUCAUGCUGCCCAUCCCUCUGCAGUGGAUCCCAAAGCCCGUCCUCUACGGCCUCUUCCUCUACAUCGCAGCCACUUCGCUUGAUGGGAACCAGAUGGUGGACCGCAUGGCCCUGCUGUUGAAGGAACAGACCUCCUACCCUCCCACUCACUACAUUCGCCGUGUGCCUCAGAGGAAGGUCCACUCCUUCACAGCACUGCAGAUGAUCCAGCUGAUCAUCCUGUGUGCAUUUGGGAUGUAUCCUCUGCCCUACAUGAAGAUGGUCUUCCCCCUGAUGAUGAUCCUGCUGGUCCCUGUCAGGAUCAGCCUGCUUCCCAAAAUCAUCGACGCCAAGUACCUGGAUAUCAUGGACGCCCAGCACAUGUAGAACGAUAGCGCACGCCCUAUGAAAGGAUUCACUUUCUCCAGUUGGAGAGAGAAACGGACUCGGAACUCAAUGGAUGUGUUGCCAUCUAACCUAAAUGCAUUUGGACUUCAAUACGUGGACGCGAGCACUCUGCUGGUGACUGGACGAUCAUUUACACCCCCAGACGCUUUCUCAUUGCUCAUCACACAUUUACCAUCAGUGUGGCCGAUUUCCUUUUAAAUAUGUAACAUUGCUGCAUCUUUAUUUCACUUAAUAUAGGCACGAAGGAGUUUCUUCUGAUGCGCUUUCAAACGCAUAAUAUUGUGUCGGAGAGCUGCUUGGUCCGCGUCCUACUCGGGGUUGAAGUGCGAUGUGUAUGAGAGGACUUCUGCGUUUUACCCCCGGAGAAAAUCCAUCGUCAUUUACCGAAGUGAAAAACGAUUUUUUUCAAAUGUUAAAACAUGCAGAAGGAAGUGUCGCCUCACGUGGAUAGUUUUUAAAUCAACACCAAACACUGAAGUCGGAUAUCACAAGAUGUGUGUUUCAGAUGUGAAAAACGUCCGUUUUCAUUCUGAGGAGACAUGAGAAGAGAUGUGUUGUGUUCAUGUCAAGGUAAUUUGUUCUGUGCAUAAUAAUGUUCGGAUUAAAUCAAAACUGUUGUUAUACGAAAUAUACCCCUUUAAAAGAACUGAAAUAAAAGUUUUCAUUAUACUGA